AUAUUAAAAUUCAUUUUUUAUCUUGUGGUUCAAUACAAUGAUGAAUAUUUUGGCUACUUUGAUAUUACUAGUAACACAAGUUCAUCAAAGUCAAUGUUUUGUUGAAGGAUUAUAUUGCGGUGAAGAGAGUUGUUAUGAUGUACUUCAAGUUUCUAGAGAUGCAUCCAGAAGUGAUUUGUCAAAAGCUUAUCGUAAACUUGCAAAACUGUAUCACCCUGAUGUUAGUAAACAUGAAGAUGCAGAUAUCAAAUUUCGUAAAGUUGCUACGGCCUAUGAAAUUUUGAGAGACGAUGAACAGAGGAAAGAUUAUGAUUAUAUGUUAGAUAACCCUGAAGAAGCAUACUACCAUUAUUAUAAAUAUUACAAAAGAAGAUUAACACCUAAAGUUGAUGUGCGUAUUGUUGUUGCUGUAACUAUAACAAUAAUAUCUAUUUUGCAGUAUUUACAAAAGCGUCAUCGCUAUGAAGAAGCUAUAAAUUAUGCAAUGCAAAAUCCAAAGUUUCGAAAUCAAGCCAUGCAGGUUAUUCAUCAAGAGGGGCUUCUUUCUUCUAAUAUAAAUACUAAGAAAAAUAAAAAUAAGAAAAGCAAGGAUGAGCGUAAACAAGAAGAAGAGAGAGUUUUGAGAGAAAUUGUUGAAGAUUCUAUUGAUAUAAAAGGUGGAUAUAGUAAGCCAACUUACCAAGAUGUUUUAUGGAUACAGUUAGUAGUUUUACCAUUUUAUUUAGUUGUUUAUGUUAAAUGGCUUCUUAGGUGGAUAUGGAAGUUUUGGUUUUUAAAACUAGAAUAUGGAAUGGAGGAAAAGGAAUAUUUGACAUAUAAAGGAUUAGGUUUUACUCAACAGUAUUGGGAAGCUCUUGAUAAAUAUUCCAAAGAAAAUUAUUUGAGUCGUGACCUUUGGAAAAAAGAAAAUCUUGAAUCGUAUAAGCUUGAGUUAGAGCAAGAAUAUAGAGUAAAACUUGCAGAAAGUGGUCGUCAUAAAAUGUGGAGGAGGUAUAUGAAAAAAGGUGGACCAGGUCAAAUGUCAUUUGCAGAAGAUUAGGAUAUAAUAAUAUAGUUAAUAUUUUUAUAUUAGAAAAUUUGGUUAUAAAAAUUUAUAGUAAUAAAACUUUUCAAGUUUUUGAAUGAAUUUAUUUUGGUUAUAUUUCAUUUUUGUUAUAGUGGUUUCACUUACUUUUGCAGUCAAAAUAAAAAAGUUUGAAAAUAAAGAUAUUAAAAAAAAGGGAAA